AUUUAGAAAAUGAGACAGAUUCACAGGAGAGUAAUAUUGACAAAGUGGUUUUUACAGAUGAUAUAAAUAGUAAAUUAGAGAAGGCAUUGGAAUCAUUUAGAAUAAAGUUUGGAGUUAGUUGA